CGCACUGUCCCACUAAAAACUCCCAUUGCAGUUCCAAUUGGAAAAUGAGCAUGGUCGACUAUCGCUUGUAUUUGUGCAGCAAGUGCUGCCGGCGCUGCCUGUGGCACGAGCUGUCCCCCCAGGAGCAUCGCUGCGCACGCUGCCGGCUGCCGCUGCAGUCCUGCGAGAUCUGUGAUCGCCGCUUCGAGCCGCGGGAUCGGGAGGAGCUCUACUGCAAGCGCUGUGACUUCCAUUUAAUAAAGCAGGCCUCGCAUACGCCGCCGCCAGUUCUGGAGCUGGAUCUGGAUACGGAGACGGAACCGGAAACGGAAGCGGAGCCUGAUCUAAUAGAACCGCCACGCGUCCGCUCGAUGGCACAGCGCUGGAGGGACAUCAAGUCGGCAGCGGGCAUCGAGGACGAUCCAUGUUUCCUUGAGUGAUGUCCAGGCUAGGGUAUUGUUUCCUUGACCCCAAGUGCUCCACAAAAAUAUAUACAUAGCGCUGCUAUGAUCACACUUCAAUCCCUGCUCCAUUUGGGCAACUUACAUGCGGUCGAGCGUGGGUGCAUUAAGACCUCCAGCUCAUUAUAAUCAGUUUGUAGCAUCCGGAUUGGGGUCACAUUAUUGGGGCUGUGCUGCACGCUGAUGGGCUUCGAUGGGUCGGCGUCUGUAACAUCAAACGGCUCUGCACACAGUACACAGUCCUUAAAAUGGAUUAAAAUUUCAUUUAAAUUUGCAUU